AAAAGGGGGGGGUUCUGUUUUCUCCAGGGUAAUUACCACAAUGGGGAUGGGCCAGGGAGGUAAUGGGUACUUGUGUCUGAUCCUUUUGAACGGAAAUCUGGGUCAUGUGCAGAAAUUCCAGAAUGCAGGCGAGGGCUGCCCGGCGAAUGUGGGUUCGGCGUGAGGCUCUCUGGAACGGGGAUGUUUGCGCCUCUGGACUCGCCCUCCGCACCUGCUAGCAGACAGACAAGCAGCAUUAGAGGAAACCCGGCUUUCUCUUGACCAGCAAAAUUAGAAAAGCACAGUGCAUUCUAUGUAGCCCCAGGUGUGUGUGAGCAGAAGUGGCCCCAGCACCCGCCCGGGUUUCCUGGGACAAUCGGGGCUCAGGCUCACAGACGCCUCCCGUGUGUCCCGGCCGCCGGCUUCAGGAUGCUCGGCUCCUGUUAGCCCCCCUCCCCGGGUGGGCACGGAUGGCAGAGGCAGAGUAGUGCCGCUCACAUGACGGGCGCCGGGAGAGGCCGUGGGGCUUGAGCACGGCCCCAGUCUACGCACAGUUGGUUCCCAGCUGACAGACAGACUAUGGGGUGGGCUUUGUCACCAGCACGCUGGGUCUGGCAUGCCCAGCGAUGCUCGGAGGCACGCCGUGCCCAGACGCCCGCCGCCGCGCCCCGGGUCCACUCCGCUCCAGCGCCGGGGGGCCGGGCAGCGCCGCACUCCUUACCCCCAUCCAAGAAGGUUAUAUAAUGAGCGGCGGACGGCUGCCAAAGUCGGAGGGAAAAUGAAGUCUUUGUUAAAUGCCUUCAGCAAGAAGGAAGUGCCCUUCCGAGAGGCCCCGGCCUACUCCAACCGCAGGCGGCGGCCCCCCAGCACGCUGGCCGCCCCCCGGGUCCUGCUGCGCUCCAACAGCGACAAUAACCUCAACUCCAACGCGCCCGACUGGGCCGUCUGCACCGCCGCCUCCCACCGCAGCCUCUCGCCUCAGCUGCUGCAGCAGGUGCCCGGCAAGGCCGACGGAGCUGUGAGGACCAUUGGCAGCUAUGUCCCUGGGCCCCGUAGCCGGUCCCCAUCGCUCAACAGGCUCGGCGGUGCCGGCGACGAUGGCAAGUGGCCCCAGCAGCCCUGGCACGUGGGGCCAACCUUCCCGCCCGGUGCCAACAAGGACACGCUCUCCGCCUUUGAGUACCCAGGGCCCAAGCGGAAGCUGUACAGCGCGGUGCCCGGGAGGCUGUUCGUCGUCGUCAAGCCAUACCAACCCCAGGUGGAUGGCGAGAUCCCCCUUCACCGUGGCGACAGGGUCAAAGUGCGUGUGGAUAUGCACCUGUGA